UCGAGCAUAUCUAAAGGGACGGCUCUUUAGAUAUCUUUGAAGAUUCACCUACCAUGGUUCGAAAACCAAAAAAAAAAAAUUUUUUUUCUCAAAUUUCAAUGUUUAUGCUACUUAAUACUGAACUAAUUUACUUACUCUCAAAUAAUUAGUAAUACUUUUUCUUAGAAUGGAGCCCAAAGUAAGGAAGCUCAAUUUCGUUACAAACCAGCGACAGGCGGAGUCCACACUAAGACAAGAACACAACGAACUUCGCCAGGAGGUAAAGGAAGUGAGGGAAGCGGUCGAAAAUCUCAGAUCCGAUGUGAAAAUUGCGAUGCUGGACUUGGCCAAGGAGAUUAAAGCAGAGCUGUCCUUCCUGGCAGAGAAAGUGGGAAGUCAAACAAAGCAGUUAACAAAAAAGGACACCGCAAUGUCCGAGACACAAGGGUCAACCCUCCCACUCAGAUCUGAUACCGAUCUGAUUGAGGUUGAUUUUAAAAUUUGUCCUGAUAAUCGGCAAAUUUAUGUUAACAGAAUGAAGGAUUUGGUCACUCAACAGACAGAACUUUCAAAGUAUAAAAAAUGUACUCUCCGAAGAGUUGAUUGUGGACUACAACGUCGACGGACUGAGCUACAAAAACUCGCUUAAAUCUCAUGAAUCGUUUUUUCCGGCAUUGUUUGAGGCCAUUCAACUCGUAAAUUCGAUGCCAUCCGCUGAUAAACAACUCCGGUCCGCAAUACGAGUACAAUGCGUAAAGAAUAGCGCGAAUCAUCAGAAGAAUAGGGGCUUAAAAUCCCAAAAUAAAGAAAAUAUUAAUUAAAUAAAA